GUUGUAACAACCAGGCUCCGCCCCCAGGCGCUCUAACGGCCAGGCCCCGCCGCUUGAGGCGCUCCAACGGCCAGGCCCCGCCCCCGCGUGCGUGCGCGGCCUCGCAGAGCCGUGCGGGCGCCCGCGUACUCACUGGUUGAGGUGGCAGUGGCUCCACCAACAUGGAGCUCUCACAGAUGCCGGAGCUCAUGGGGCUGUCGGUGUUGCUGGGGCUGCUGGCCCUGAUGGCGACGGCGGCGGUAGCGCGGAGGUGGCUGCGCGCGGGGGAGGAGAGGAGCGACCGUCCCGCCUGCCAAAAAGCAAAUGGAUUUCCACCUGACAAAUCCUCGGGAUCCAAGAAGCAGAAACAAUAUCAGCGGAUUCGGAAGGAGAAGCCUCAACAACACAACUUCACCCACCGCCUCCUGGCUGCAGCUCUGAAGAGCCACAGCGGGAACAUAUCUUGCAUGGACUUUAGCAGCAAUGGCAAAUACCUGGCCACCUGUGCAGAUGAUCGCACCAUCCGCAUCUGGAGCACCAAGGACUUCCUGCAGCGAGAGCACCGCAGCAUGAGAGCCAACGUGGAGCUGGACCACGCCACCCUGGUGCGCUUCAGCCCUGACUGCAGAGCUUUCAUCGUCUGGCUGGCCAACGGGGACACCCUCCGUGUCUUCAAGAUGACCAAGCGGGAGGAUGGGGGCUACACCUUCACAGCCACCCCAGAGGACUUCCCUAAAAAGCACAAGGCGCCUGUCAUCGACAUUGGCAUUGCUAACACAGGGAAGUUUAUCAUGACUGCCUCCAGUGACACCACUGUCCUCAUCUGGAGCCUGAAGGGUCAAGUGCUGUCUACCAUCAACACCAACCAGAUGAACAACACACACGCUGCUGUAUCUCCCUGUGGCAGAUUUGUAGCCUCGUGUGGCUUUACCCCGGAUGUGAAGGUUUGGGAAGUCUGCUUUGGAAAGAAGGGGGAGUUCCAAGAGGUGGUGCGAGCCUUCGAACUAAAGGGCCACUCCGCGGCUGUGCACUCGUUUGCUUUCUCCAACGACUCGCGGAGGAUGGCUUCUGUCUCCAAGGAUGGUACAUGGAAACUGUGGGACACAGAUGUGGAAUACAAGAAGCAGCAGGACCCCUACUUGCUGAAGACAGGCUGCUUUGAAGAGGCAGCAGGCGCUGCGCCGUGCCGCCUGGCCCUCUCCCCCAACGCCCAGGUCUUGGCCUUGGCCAGUGGCAGUAGUAUUCAUCUCUACAAUACCCGGCGGGGCGAGAAGGAGGAGUGCUUUGAGCGGGUCCAUGGCGAGUGUAUCGCCAACUUGUCCUUUGACAUCACUGGCCGCUUUCUGGCCUCCUGUGGGGACCGGGCGGUACGGCUCUUUCACAACACUCCUGGCCACCGGGCCAUGGUGGAGGAGAUGCAGGGCCACCUGAAGCGGGCCUCCAAUGACAGCACCCGCCAGAGGCUGCAGCAGCAGCUGACCCAGGCCCAAGAGACCCUGAAGAGCCUGGGUGCCCUGAAGAAGUGACUCUGGGAGGGCCUGGCGCAGAGGAUUGGAGGAGGGAUCUGGCUUCCUCGUGGCGCUGCUGCCACCCUUCCUCCCAGGUGGAAGCCUUUCAGAAGGAGUCUCCUGGUUUUCUUACUGGUGGCCCCGCUUCUUCCCAUUGAAACUACUCUUGUGUACUUAGGUCUCUCUCUUCUUGGUGGCUGUGACUCCUCCCCGACUAGUGACCAAGGUGCUUUUCUUCCUCCCAGGCCCAGUGGGUGGAAUCUGUCCCCACCCGGCACUGAGGAGAAUGGUAGAGAGGAGAGGAGAGAGAGAGAGAACAUGAUUUUUGGCCUUGUGGCAGCACAUUCUCACACCCAAAGAAGUUUGUAAAUGUUCCAGAGCAACCUAGAGAACACCUGAGUACUAAGCAGCAGUUUUGCAAGGAUGGGAAACUGGGAUAGCUUCCCAUCACAGAACUGUGUUCCAUCAGAAAGAUACUAAGGGAUUUCCUUCUGGGCCUCAGUUCUAUUUGUAAGAUGGAGAAUAAUCCUCUCUGUGACCUCCUUGCAAAGAUGAUGUGAGGCUAAGAGAGUAUUAAGUCCCUAGGUCUGGAAGAAAAGUGGAAAAGAGUAGUACUAUUGUCCAAUGUCAUGAAAGUGGUAAAAGUGGGAACCAGUGUGCUUUGAAACCAAAUUAGAAACACAUUCCUUGGGAAGGCAAAGUUUUCUGGGAUUUGAUCAUACAUUUUAUAUGGUUGGGACUCCUCUCUUCGGGAGAUGAUAUCUUGUUUAAGGAGAGCUCUUUUCAGCUCAUCAAGGUCAUCAGGUAUUUGAGUGCCUACUCUGUGCCCAAAUAAAUAUGAGCUUGGGAUUAAAUA